AUGUCAUCAUUAUCACAAGCAUCCUUGUCUUUACCUGUACAUGAUUGUACUGCUCCUUCCUUGGACUUUGAUCUUCAGGAAAAGUUUAUUCUUCUUCACACUUUAAACAGUAAAAAAAUUGACACUUGGAUGCAGGAGCUAAGUGAAAGUGAAAUUCAGAAUACUAAUCUCAGGAAAAAAAUACUUGAAAGGGAGAAACAGAUUAAAGAACUUUCAUCUAUGCUCCAGUGUGAAAAAAUCAAAAUACAGAAAGGGGACCGCUUCUCAAGAUCAGUAAAGGAAGUACAAGCUCACCUGCAGCGUCAGAUUGAAAGAAAAGAAGCAGAAAAUUAUGAAUUAAAAGUGAAAAUACAGACUCUAGAAAAUAAAAUAGCAGAGUGGCAACAUCAAAUUGGUGAAUACAAGUGCAAGAAGUUAGCCUUAAAGGAGACAAGUGAGCAAAAGAAGAUAGCUCUGGAAAAAGCAGUAAGGACCCAGAAACUAAGAGCUCAACGCUUACAAGAAGCUGUGAAAGAUGUAACCUCUAAAAUAAAAGAACAUGAAGUCAAACUGGGUGAGAUACUGUCAGCCUCUGAUGUCUGGAAAAACCGUCACGAUAGAAUAUUUGAAGAAAAGACAAUGUUAGAAGUUCAAAUAGAAGAUCUUGAGAAUCAGAUCAGAGGCCUGAUGGAAGACGUGGAAAGAAGGGAGGAAUGGAGAAGAAACUCAGAAGAGGAAAUUCUUGGAAAGCUAAAUUCCAUUAACUCUGAAAAUGAAAAGAUUUACCUUGAAAACGAAAAAUUAAAGGCUUCCCUUGCUAUAUUGGAGAAAAGUACAGUAUCUGUUGAAUAUGAAUUGCUUCAUCUACAAGAAAAAGCAAAGCUGCAGGAAAACCUUGUAGAACAGCAUAAAAAUGAGGUUAAAAAAAGACAAAUUGCUGUGGAAGAAUUGAAAUCCAGAUAUAAAACAGUCUUAAAUGAAAACAGAAAAAUAAUAGAAAACAAAGGCUUAGAAGCAGAUAAGGUGAGGCACAAAAUGGAGGCUGAGUUAAAGGAGUUAGAACAUGUUUGUGACUUGCUGAAAGCAGCUGAGGAAAACCAGCAAAAGCUUCUGGCCUGGGAAAGGAUCCAUGUGCAGAAAUGCAAAACCCUCAGGGAGCUGGAGCUUCAGGAUAACCAUAGUGUAACUCCUAUGGGCAAUCUUUGCUUACAAGGAGAAAUCUGUAACAUUCAGAAGAAAUAUUAUGAUCUUCAAAGGCAAUUAGGACAGGUGGAAUAUCAGAAUGAAGAACUUGCUUACCAACUCAGGAAAGAAGAUGAGAGUCUUCAGAGCAGCAAAUUGCAGCUUGAAGAGAAAAUUGCAGAAUAUAAUGCAUUGACCAGACAACUUGAAUCUGCUUUGGAAGAAGGGAGAAAGAUGGUAGCUGAAGAAUGGGAAAAAAUGUCAUACAAAGAACAAGCCUUUCAGACAAAACUGUUACUUCUUGAAGCUGAAGUGAGAAAGAGGCAAGAAGAAAAAAACCAACUCCUCUGCUUAUUUCACCAUAAUGAAAAGCACCAUGAAGUACAUUUGAAAGAGCUGGAGAACAGCCUACAGAAGUCAGUGAUCAAGAACCAGAGCAUACAGAAUUAUGUGCAGUUUUUGAAAGAUGCAUAUGUAACAAUGUUUGGCUGAAUUCUUUAAUCUGUUUUUAUAGUAGAGAAACUUGUCAAGAUUGGGCUCCCACUCUUCUUGGAGGCAAAG